CACACACACACAGCCAUGUAGAGUUGACCAGACAAAUUUUAGAGUUGACGAAUUUUUUUUUCACGCAACCCAACCGCCGUGAAUCGCACAUAAAUACGACCGUCAGUUUCGCAUUGGCUUCAUUCGUGCUCGCCGAAUUCGCCACAUCGAGUAGAAAUUAUUUCAUCGUCAUGAAGCACUUGGCAGUUUUGUUGUUGGCAUUUGUCAUGGGGUGCACAGCGACCGCCCAGCGACCGCGGCCCAUGUUUCCCUCCGAUACGUAUCCCGUUUUCCCAGUGCGAAUCACGCGGUCACGGAACCCACCAAACUUUGCUGCUGGUGAUCCCAACACAAACAUUGCCGGUGCUCACGUUCAAUGCGAAAAAGAAUUGGAAGAGAUGAAUAAGCGGUUGAUUAUCACGAAUGACGGGAUUGAAACGUUGAAAAAGGACAUGAAGGCAGAGAUUGAGGCACUCAAAACGGAACUGGAAAACUUGAAGAAAAUUCCAGGGGGAAAUAUCGAAGCUGAAGAUUUAAAAAAGCAAUUGGACGAAACGAAAGUCGCUGUUGACGGUUUAACCACAGAAAUGUCUGUCAAUUCUCAACUUUUGAUCGACUCGAUGGCCGCCGUUGCUGUUUUGGAAGCUGGGUUGGCAGAAACCAAGAAAACUGUAAGCAACAACAUGGAAGAAACCCAUCUCAACUUUGAUAUAAUGAAGCAAAGCUUAAAGCUAAGCUUAUCCGUAAACGAAAACAGUUUAACGGAGGCGGUCCAAAAAGUUGGAGAACUGGAGAAUAGGGUUAACGGUAAUGCUCAAUUUGUGACUGAAUCGCUGGUCGACAUCGACAGGUUUAAAGAGGAAUUCGUUGGUAUCAGGAAUACUGUAUACAAACACAUGGAAGAAACCCAUCUCAACUUGGACAUGUUAAAGGAAAGCAUAGCCGCAACCGAUAACGUAUUAAUAGAAACGGUGAAUAAGUUGGACAAAAUGGAUGAUUUUGAUUUCGAAAAUAUUCAAAACCAAAUUACCGUACAUUCUGGCGAAAUUAGUCUAUUGAAAGACAAUAUGGCUGAAGCGAAAACCGCCACAACCAUUUUGAAGACAGAUUUCGAGGAUGUUAAGCAAAACUUGACGGAAACAAUUACGGAAAUUGAAGAAAUGGAAGAACAACUGACAGCGAAUGAACUUCCUAAAUCCAUCGGUAAAAUGCCGACAUCCUGUGCGGAUCUCAAACAAAUCGGAUACUUAAAAAGCGGAGUGUACUCCGUCAUGGGCGGAAAAAGCGUCCUGAACGUCUACUGCGAUUUCACGGUCGACGAGAAAAGUAUGGAGAAGGUGAUCGGACACGUCGACGUCAAAUCGUCGCCCGUCUACUUCUCGGUGGAGAGAACCAGUUCGUUCAACCGCACCAACAUUCCCAUUCCUUUCGAGUAUUCGCAGACGAACGUGGGCGGAGCCAUGGAUUUAGCUUCGGGCGUUUUCACGGCACCCGUUUUGGGCGUUUACUCGUUCAACUUCCACGGACAGGCAGAGUUUAAUUCCUCAAGUACAAGUGUACCUCACAUGGCGGUCGGACUUUUUGUCAACAAUGAACGAGUGGCCCUGGCAAUGACCGAAGAGGCCAACACCCGCAUCUCAUCCAUCGGUAGAGGUCAGCGCAGUCCGUUGUCCCUGUCGACGACCGUUCAAUUGCAAAAAGGCGAUCGAGUUUGGUUGAACAUGUUCUCCACUUCGGGCACCAUUUCUCUCUACGACAAUGACAACCGUCACUCGGACUUUUCCGGCUGGCUCAUCGAGGAAACAAUUUCACAGUAAAAGAAACAAAAAUGUGCGCUGCUAAUUUGAAAUAUUUAAAUCGGUGGUGGAACUCUGGUGGAAGAAAAUAAAAUCAAAUAAUUCUUUGACUGA